AUGGCUCAAGAAAUAGCUGUGGCUAUUGGCGCUGAUGUUGUAAAAGGGGCUACAUCAGAUAUAUAUGGUUUGCUUAAACAGCAGAUCUCUUAUGUGUUCAAGUACCAGAACUACAUCAACGACCUCAAGAAACAAGUUCAGGAGCUCAUAAGUAAAAGACAAAUGGUGCAAAAACCUGUAGAGUCUGCUGAAAGACAAGGGGAAGAGAUUUAUGAACUUGUUACAACAUGGCUGAGUGACGUGCAUAAGUUCACUGAAGGGGUAGCAAAAUCUAUCAUUGAGGAUGAAGAUAAAGCAAACAUGGGCGUCUGUUUCAAAUUGGUGUCAUGUCCUAAUUUGAUUCAACGUUACAGGCUUGGCAAAAAAGCAAUGAAGGCCACAGUGGAUGGUGUGAAUCUCUUGGGAAAAGGAAACUUUAGUCAUUUCUCCUACCGUCCUGCUCUACCGAGGACAGAAUUGCAUGUUAGAGGCUACGAGGCCUUUGAUUCCAGAAAGCAAGUUUUGCAGGAAAUUAUGGACACAUUGAAGGAGGCUAAUGUUGACAUGAUUGGGGUGUAUGGGAUGGGAGGUGUGGGCAAAACCACACUGGUCAGAAAAGUAGCUUCGUUAGCCAAGGAAAACAAGUUAUUUGAUAAGGUGGUCGUGGCUGAGGUAACACAAACCCCAGACAACAAAAAAAUUCAAGAAAAAAUUGCUUUUGAUUUAGGCCUGGAAUUUAUGCAGGAGAGUGAAUAUCAGAGAGGUGAUUUAAUACGAAGUAGGAUAAAUAAGAAGAAUGUACUUAUAAUAUUAGAUGAUAUUUGGACAAAAAUCGAUUUGGAUGCUAUUGGAAUUCCAAAAGAUGACAAGAUCAGGCGAUGCACGGUAUUGCUAACUUCUAGAAAUCUGGAUGUAUUACGCAAAGAUAUGAAGACUCAAAAGAGCAUCUCCGUUCAUCCAUUAUCUGACGGAGACGCAUGGAAUUUAUUUCGAAAGAUUGUGGGUGAUUCUGCAGAAAAUCCUGAUUUUAAUCUUGUAGCAGUUCAGAUAGUUACCAAAUGUGCAGGUUUACCGAUAGCUAUUUCAACAAUUGCGUCUGCAUUGAAAUAUGAGAGUCUUAAUGCUUGGGAAGAUACCUUGGCUCAACUAAAAAGGUCUAAUCCAAGAUGCAUUCUAGAUAUGAGCGAAACUUUGUACUCUACCAUAGAACAGAGUUACAAAUUUUUACAAAAUGAGGAAGCGAAAAAACUGUUUCUUCUUUGUGCUCUAAAAGAUGCAGGCAGUGGAACAUUGAUUGAAUACUUAUUGAGAUAUAGUAUGGGUUGGAGUUUGUUUGGAGAUGGUUAUACAUUAGAAGAAGGAAGGAAUAGAUUGCAUAGGUUGAUAGAUCAUCUAAAAGCUCGUUGUUUAUUGUUGGAUGACGGUGACGACAGUGUUAAAAUGCAUGACAUCAUUCAUGCUAUUGCUGUAUCGAUUGCAUCAACAGAUAACUUCAUGUUUAAUAUUCAAAAUGUCACUGGCUUGAAGGAAGUAUUGGAGAAAAAAAAAGAUUCAACCGCUAUAUCUCUGCCGUAUAGAGAUAUUUUUGAUGAGCUUCCUGAAAAGUUGGAAUGUCCGAAACUCCAGUUGUUUUUUCUAUUUAUCAAAAACCAGAAUCUACAGAUCCCAGAUACUUUUUUUGAAGGAAUGAGAGAACUUAAAGUUUUAAAUUUGACCGGAAUACAAUUCUUGUCAUUGCCUUCAUCACUUGAUUGCCUAAAAAAAAUUCGAACAUUGUGUUUGAAUUUCUGCCUGGUAGGAGAUGUAGCAAUAGUUGGAAAGCUGAAGACAUUAGAGAUCCUUAGCUUCGUGGGAUCUGAUAUUGAACAGUUGCCUGGAGAAAUCAGACAAUUGACUCGGUUGAAGUUGUUAGAUUUGAGCUAUUGUUUAAACCUUAGACAGAUUGCACCAAAUGUCAUCUCCUACUUGUCUCAAUUAGAAGAGCUAUAUAUGGGCGAUAGCUUUGUUCAAUGGGAGGUGGAAGGAGUCGAUAAUCAAGGACGAAGAAAUGCUAGUCUUGGAGAGUUAAAGCGGUUGUCUAACCUAACAGCUUUACAUCUUUAUAUUCAGGAUGCUGGAGUUAUGCCACAAGACUUGUUCUUUAAGAAGUUGAAAAGUUAUAAGAUAUUUAUAGGAGAUAAAUGGAAGUGGUCUGGUAAAUAUGACCUUUCAACUUCAAGAACAUUCAAACUCAAGAUCAACAAUAGAAUUUAUUUGGGGCCUGGGAUUAAAACUUUGUUGAAGAUGACUGAAGAUCUUUCUCUAGAGGAAAUGAAUGGUGUUAGAAAUGUUCUUUAUGAACUCGAUAUGGAUGGUUUUCCACAUUUGAAGCAUCUGCUUGUAAAAGAUGGUCUCAAGCUUUUAUAUGUCAUUAAGUCAAUUGCUCGGAAACUAGCCUUUCCCAAGUUGGAGUCCUUGAUCCUUUGUAAUUUGAUUAAUUUGGAGAAGAUAUGUCAUGGCCAGCUCAAUGCGGGGUCUUUCAGCGAACUAAGGAUAAUGAAAAUAGAAAAUUGUGAUAGAUUGGUGUAUCUCUUUGCAUCCUCCGUGGCAAAAAACCUGAUUCAGCUACGAGAAAUUGAAGUGAAAGAUUGUAAGAACCUAAAAGAGAUUUUUGGUGAAGAAAGUAAAGACCAUUGUGGUGAAGACAUUUUGGGCCUCAACAACCUAAAAUCGUUGAAAGUUUACAAUUGUCGUAGCUUGAGAUAUAUAUUUACUCCUAUAAUCUGGGGCCUUGAUCAACUCCAAGAGAUUGAAGUAAAAAAUUGUGGUUUGAUAGAAGAAAUCAUUACAAAGGACAAAGAAAAGAAGGCAACCAUUGAUAAAAUUAUCAUCCCUCAUCUGAAGUCGAUUGUUCUUGAAAUAUUGCCUAACUUGACAAACUUCUAUUCAGGAACUAACGAUCUAGAAUGUCCUUCCUUGAAAAGUAUUACUAUUGCCAACUGUCCGAAGAUGGAGACAUUUGUUUUCAAGGAUUUGAAGGAGAAGGACCAUUCUGAUUAUACAUCACCUCUUUUCAGCGAAAAGGUUGCUUUUCCAAGCUUGGAGGUGAUGGUACUCUUGCACUUGGAUAACUUGCAAUUGAUAUGGCAUCCCCAACAACUCCAUAUGAAAUCCUUUUGCAAACUAAAAGAAGUGAGAGUCGAAUUCUGUGAAAAGUUAAAGACUAUUGUUCCAUCUAAUUCUCACGGGCUUCUCACCUUUUACAACCUGGAAAAGUUAACCGUUGAAAAUUGUUGGAGUAUGAAAAGUCUCUUUCCAAUUACUGUAGCUACUGGUCUCAUGCAACUUAAUGACCUUUACUUAUUCUCCUGUGGGUUGGAGAAAAUUGUUUCUGAGGAGGAAGUUAACGGGGCCCCUAGAUUUUUGUUUCCGCAAUUAACAUACAUCUAUCUUAGUUAUCUACCGGAACUCAAAUCUUUCUACUCAGGGUUGCAUACAACAGAGUGGCCAAUGCUAAAUACUUUGGCUGUGUAUGGUUGCAAGAAGAUAAAAAUAUAUGCUUCAGAAUUUGCUUGCUUUGAAAAGGAAGAUGAUGGGGAAAGCCAGCCUGCCCUUUUUCCGUUAGAAAAGGUCAUGCCGAAUUUGGAAGGGUUGGGUUUAGAUGCACAUGACUUCAGAUUGACAUUCCUCCACAGUGAUCUAGCUGAGAACUUUUGCAAACUUAAAACACUUUCCGUGAGUAACUUUGAUGAUGAAUCUGUUGCUUCUCUGUUUGAUUUCCUUCAAAGGUUAAAUUGUUUGGAACAGCUUGGUUUUUUUGAUAAUAAUUUCAAAGAGCUAUUCCCCUAUGAACAAGGAUGUAUGUGGAAACAAGAUACCCAAGUGGACACAUUUCUUCAAAAUCUUCAAAUUCUAGACGUAGAGAGAUGUCAUUAUUUGACAAUUUUAAUGCCUUCCGUAACGGCUUUCAAAAAUAUUAAAACUCUGGAGGCAUUCUGUUGCAAUGGAUUGGUGAAUGUACUAACAUGCUCAGCAGUUAAAACUCUGGUCAAUCUUACAACACUGAGAAUAAGAGACUGCAAUUUGGUGACAGAGGUAAUAGCAAACGAGGGAGACAGAGAAGAAGAGAUUGUUUUUGGCCAAUUGAAACUUUUGGAGCUUUACUGCUUAUCAAGCCUCACAUUCUUCUGCUCAGCCAAUUAUUCCUUCAAAUUCCCCUGUUUGGAGCAAGUUAUUGUGAGUCAAUGCCCAAAAUUGGAGAUUUUUUGUCAAGGAAUGUUAAGCACACCAAUGCUAAAGAAGGUACAAUUGACGAAACAAGAUGAUGGGCGAGAAUAUUUUUGGAAGGAGGAUCUCAAUUCCACUAUCCAGCAAAUGUUCAUAGACAUGGUUGGUUUCCGUAACUUUAAACAGUAA